GCUACUGUUUUGGAAGAGAUGCCACCAUUCCCAGAACGUGAGUCUUCCAUCCUAGCAAAACUGAAGAAAAAGAAGCAGGAGAAAACAGGAAUCAUUGAGAAAGAAGAGAAGAGUGAACCAGUAGAAAAACCAACCACCAACGGCCAGGUUCCUGUUGCUAUAAACGAGACUCCUGCACCCAAUCCCGCCCUUCAACCAGACCUCCUGGGUACAGAGACAACAGUUUCAAAGCCAGUGACAAAUAACUUUGGACCUCCCGAGACAGGAGGAGGUGGUCUCCUAGUAGACGUGUUUGAGAUGCCUGCGACCCCCGUAGCAGGAAGUGCUCCAUCCAUCACCCAAGGCGCAGAGGAGAAUAUCAAGAAAUUUGUGUGCAAAAACACUGGGGUUCUUUUUGAAACGGACAUCUUACAAGUCGGCAUCAAAUCGGAAUUCAAAGACGAGAAAGGGGCUCUUGGUGUGUUCUAUGGCAACAAGACCUCAUCCCAGUUUGUUUCUUUUUCUUCUAUGGUUCACCUGCCGGGAGAUCUUAAUACCCGCAUCAGAGUUGACACUAUAUCUCCUCCAAACAUUGUGGAAGGUGGAGCUCAAGUCAAACAAAUGAUAAAUAUAGAAUGUCUCUCAGAAUUCAAAGAUCAUCCAGUCAUAGAUCUUCAAUUCAGUGUGAACGGCAUGAGCCAAAGAAUUGUCCUUCCACUUCCACUGUUUCCUUCCAAGUUCUUCGCGCCGACCGAAAUGAACUCGCAAGACUUCUUUUCCAGAUGGAAACAGUUGGGAAACCCUGAUCAAGAGUGCCAGCAGAUUUUUAAGGCUAAGUUUUCAAUUGAUACAGAGACAAUUUCUACAAAGCUCGUUGGGUUUGGAAUGUCCCUACUUCAGAAUGUAGACCCUAAUCCGGAGAACUUUGUUUGUGCCGGUAUUAUUAAAGGAUCAUCCGUUCAAAUAGGAACACUGCUUCGACUAGAACCUAAUAGACAAGCACAAAUGUUUAGACUGACAAUAAGAAGCUCAAAACCACAUGUGGCCACAACCCUUGUAGAGUUAUUGGUAGACCAGUUUUGAACCAGUUUUUCCAGGUAGAGAGAUCCGCAUGGUGCAUCUGUCAUAAUACAGUGCAUCUGGGGUAAAUACGACUUUUAAUGAACCAUUUGGGAGAUCAUUCUAAUCAACCCAUCUACCUCAACAUCUCCUGAUGCCUUACAUUUGUUGUAAUAGAGCUUUACCAAUGACAUUAGACUAAAAUUAAGUUUUUGAUGCAACACUUUCUCUAUAAACACCGUGAAUCUCUAGCAGUGUUCUUUAGCCAAUCAGAGCGGGAAGAGGGCGACAUCAUUUCCUGUGUUGUGAUUGGUCAAGUCUUCUGUUUCAGCCGUGCUUCACUGAUCUAGUUGUUGGUUGUUUUCCUUUUGCUCAGUUAAGCAAAGAAGGAAAAAUUAACAGCCAAGCAAGUAAGAUAUGAUUAUCUAGCGUGCGCUUUUUCUAAGAUUGUGAGCCUUUAAGAGAAAACAGUCAAAGGAAUUUAGUCCAAACGAUACAGCAAAGUGCCAGUUGGACGAUGUACCGUAAACAUUCUAACAAGCCCCCCCCCAAAAAAGUGGUAAGUGGUAGCAGUAUUGUCAUUAGUUGCGUUUUAGUAAAUUUGGUAUGCUUUUUUGCGUUCAAAAUACAACACUUGGUUGUUUUUGAAAGCCUGUAGUGGUUUCCAUUUAAAAAUCGUAGGUUUUCAGACAGAGAAAGAAAUUCUGUAGUGAGGUUUUGUUAACUCCCCUUUCCCUCUCCCUCCCCCGCCUUCUUCAAUAAGGCUCCUGUCUGAAAGUCGUUGCAAAUUGUUAUGCCCCAAGGACUUAUAAGAGUGUUUGCGGUAGUCCUUGACUUGUCUUUUAAAUCUUCAAAGAGGAUCUGCCAAAAGCAAGAGUUGACCCAUUUAUGCAGAUGAAUUUUCCUCUCUCUAUCACUUCAGAAUUACAAUGGCAAUCAAAGAAGGUGGCAUUGUUGAGCUAGAAUAUUGCGCUCAUUACAAAUAUUCUAAGUCAAGGAUAAAACUCCACAUGUUUUGUACCUCGCUGGAAAGCGUGUAAUGACGAGCAUUGAAUGAUGAUAAAGCAGCUAGUAUUUGGCCAAAAAAGCAAUGGUUAAAUUGUCUUUAAAACUUUCACUUGCAUGCGUAGUUGUUAGUGGUGUUUAUAUUCCAAUCUCAACUAUUACACCAGUUUUUUUUAUUUUUUUUUUCUGUAAGGAUGUACGAUUAAAUAUUAUUGCGAUAUGAAUAAAUUCUUUUAGCUAGUAGGUAACAAUAAUUAUAACUGAACGGUCAACUCUUCGCUGUAUUCUCGAUCCCUUCUGGCUUGUAAAUUUAAAAGCAAUGUAUCAAGCAUUAAUUUUUUUUUUUUGAUCGUAAAAAGCGUAUCUCAUAGUUUUAGUUAAGAUGGCUUGUGUUUGCGGAAGUAAUACAGUUUCAAGUAAAGAUUAGUGUGGAUAACGGGGAUUGUAUUAUAUGAUCCAAAGUUGUGAGGUAUUUUACUCUACCAGUGACUAAGAUUACUAAAGCAAGCUUUUAAGAGCCUGCCUGUAUACACUUAGGAAUUUUUUAUAAGAAAAAGAAAGGACAAAAAGAGACGAGAACGAUGAACAUUUAACAAACCCAAGUACUAGGCUUGUAGCUGCCGAACUAAUGCCUGACGCAAAAUAAAAGUAUCAAGAUGGUUACUUUCC